GUCUUUCUGACGGGCCGCAGUGAGGAUGCCCGCUCCGAAACCGAGGCGAACCUGGCGGACGCGGGUUACGGCAAACUCCGCUGCUACACGGAGCUGCUGAUGCGGCCGGUGGGGGAUGAGGGGCUGGCGUCGGUGGUCAAAUCCGCGGCUCGGGCCCGCCUGGUGGCGGCUGGUCAUGUGCUCGUGGGCAACAUCGGCGACCAGUUCAGCGACCUGGUUGGGGAGGCGGCGGCGGUGGCUAACUUCAAACUACCGAACCCUGUG